AUGUCGCUCCAUAAAGCCUUACAUUCUACCAUCGCCUCCUCAAGUAUCUGCACAGACCACUGCAUCACCACCCAACCUCUGACCGCCACAGUCAGACACGCUCGCCACGCUCACAGACACGCUCGCCACGCUCACAGACACGCUCGCCACGCUCACAGACAUGCCUGCCACCAGACUCACACCUUGUUGCAACACACCGCCACGCUCUCUGCCACACACCGCCACGCUCUCUGCCACACACCGCCACGCUCACAGACACGCUCACAGACACGCUCAGACAUGGUCCCACCAACACACGCUCGCCGCCACGCUCACAGACACGCUCAGACAUGGUCCCACCAACACACGCUCGCCGCCACGCUCACAGACACGCUCGCCGCCACGCUCACAGACACGCUCGCCACGCUCACAGACAUGCCUGCCACCAGACUCACACCUUGUUGCAACACACCGCCACGCUCUCUGCCACACACCGCCACGCUCACAGACACGCUCUCCGCCACGCUCAGACAUGGUCCCACCAACACACGCUCGCCGCCACGCUCACAGACACGCUCGCCGCCACGCCUCACAUACACGCUCGCAGCUCACCGCCACGCUCACAUACACGCUCGCAGCUCGCCGCCACGCUCACAUACACGCUCGCAGCUCGCCGCCACGCUCACAUACACGCUCGCAGCUCGCCGCCACGCUCACAUACACGCUCGCAGCUCGCCGCCACGCUCACAUACACGCUCGCAGCUCGCCGCCACGCUCACAUACACGCUUGCAGCUCGCCGCCACGCUCACAUACACGCUCGCCGCCACGCUCACAUACACGCUCGCCGCCACGCUCACAUACACGCUCGCCGCCACGCUCACAUACACGCUCGCCGCCACGCUCACAUACACGCUCGCCGCCACGCUCACAGACACGCUCGCAACUCACAGCUCACCGCCACGCUCAGACACGCUCGCCGCCACGCUCACAGACAUGCUCGCAGCUCGCCGCCACGCUCAGACACGCUCACAACUCGCAGCUCACCGCCACGCUCAGACACGCUUGCCGCCACGCUCACCGCCACGCUCACAGCUCGCUCACAGCUCGCCACCACGCUCAGACACGCUCACCGCCACGCUCACAGACACGCUCGCAACUCGCAGCUCACCGCCACGCUCAGACACGCUCACAGACACACUCGCCGCCACGCUCGCCGCCACGCUUACAGCUCGCCACCACACUCACAACUCGCCACCACGCUCACAGACUCGCUCACAGCUCGCCACCACGCUCAGACACGCUCACAGCUCACCACCACGCUCACAGACUCGCUCACAGCUCGCCACCACGCUCAGACACGCUCACAGCUCGCCACCACGCUCACAGACUCGCUCACAGCUCGCCGCCACGCUCACAGCUCGCCGCCACGCUCACAGACACGCUCACAGCUUGCCGCCACGCUCAGACACGCUCACAGCUCGCCGCCACGCUCAGAAACGCUCAGAGCUCGCCGCCACGCUCAGAGCUCGCCGCCACGCUCAGAGCUCGCCGCCACGCUCAGAGCUCGCCGCCACUCACCUGUACUUAUCUUGGACUUUCUGCUUGAUGUCCUGAAGAGAGUCCUGGGAGAUGUCGCGCUCUAA